AUGUUCCUAACUUUAUAUCUCGUGAUAGCCACUUUGCUCCAUCUGAGCUGUCCAGCUUUCUCAAUAUCCGCACCCGAUUUCCAGUCUGGUAGUAACGAAGCACAUCUUGUCAAUUGCUUGACUAGAAAAAAUGUUCCCACUGCUUAUAACACCUCAGUCCAGUGGUUGGAGCUAGCGAAAUCUUUCAACGUCGCCCAAGUCUAUAAUCCCGUCGCCAUAACACUUCCAACAACAACCCAAGAAGUUUCUGACUCAGUCAGCUGUGCGGCUAGUAUCGGAAUCAAAGUGCAAGCCAGGUCAGGCGGCCAUUCUUACGCCAGUUACUCCACCGGAGGGAAAAAUGGCUCUUUGAUUGUGGAUCUACGAAUGUUCCAUACAAUAUCAGUUAAUGAUAUAUUUGGCUCUAAUAUUGUUUCAGCGACCGGUGUAGCUUCUGUUGGCGGAGGCGUCAGACUCGGAAAUCUUGAUCUCAGCCUGUAUGCCCAGGGUAAGCGGGCGCUACCACAUGGAACAUGUCCAGACGUUGGUAUCGGCGGACACUUCACCCAUGGCGGGUAUGGUUAUGUUUCCCGAGCCUGGGGUUUGGCAAUGGAUACCAUUAUUGGUCUCGAUGUUGUGUUGGCCAACGGAAGUUUGAUCCACGCGAGUGCGUCGACUUAUCCCGAUAUCUACUUUGCUUUACGAGGAGCCGCUGAUAGUUUCGGUAUUAUCACCACAUUUUAUCUCCAAACUUUGGCGGCACCGAAGAAGAUAGUGGUUUUCUCUGUGAGCAUGCCGGCAGUAUUGAAGUCCUCUUCUGAAGCUGCACACGGGUUCUUGAGAUUGCAAGAAUUUGCGCUCACUUCGCCACACAUGACUCGCAACUUAACAUUUGGCAUCGUUAUUGAGGGUGGAAAAGAAUUCACCUUGAAAGGAUGGUAUCUGGGUUAUGAAUCCUAUUUCAGGAACACGAUGUUGCCUGUUAUUACGGAGACUUUCCCUGGGCCGUUUGAAGCCACCAUCAGUUCCAGGACAUGGCUUGAAAGCCUUGCAAAUGAAACUGAUAAGCCAUUGGAACAGCCAUUGACCGACUAUCGUGACCAUGGAUUGUUUUAUGCCAAGUCAAUCGUGACACGGGAAGCCUAUCCAUUAACUUUCAAAGCCUUGAUGAGUUUCUUUGGUUUCAUUAUCGCAGAAUGCAACGCCUCAUGUCCAACCAACUGGCGUUCAAUCAUCAAUCUAUAUGGCGGUCGCGACAGUCAGAUAAACGCUGUGCCUACAUUUGCCUCCGGGUACUCAGGCCGUAAUGAUCUUUGGGUCAUUCAGAAUUUCUUCUCGUUGGAAGGUCAAAACCGCAGUAAAGUAAUCGAUUUUGCUAGUAAACUUACUCGGACGAUUCCCGAGGCGCAGCCAGAGGGACAAUUCGGCGCUUCUUUAAGUUACGUCGAUCCGAUGCUGAGUUGGCAAGAAGCCGCUGUCCUGUAUUAUGGUCCAGAACUUUAUCAUUGGUUGGCUGCCCUUAAGAGAAAGGUCGAUCCGCGCGCAGUGUUUUGGAACCCUCAGGCUGUCCAUGCUGUUGAUAUCUAUGGAGUUCCUUUGGAAGGAUAA